UUUGUCUUCUUCUUCUUUGAAAUUUUCUUUUUCCUGCCUUUUCAGUUUCAUUUUCCCCUUUUCUUACUCUUCCAUCGAUGGAAUCAAAGUUUCUGACUGUGGCGCGACGUGAGCGCAAGCAGGUCGAAUCGGCGCUCCUUGAAAAAUGCGUCCGGGCUUGGAUGAGCGAAGUCCUCGGAAAACCAAUCCCGGAAGAUUUCGUGAGCUUUUUGCGCAACGGUGUCAUUCUGUGCGAACUCGUCAACACAAUCCAACCGGGCUUGAUCCCUGCAUCGGUCGUGCGCACAGUGCCGUCCAAAAUGUCGCCAUUCCAGGUGGCUCGCUCGUUUGACAACGUCCGACACUUCCUCAAGGUCUUGCCGCUGCUUGGCGUGCCAGAAACCACGCUCUGCUCACCCGGCGACUUGGUCGAAGGCAAGGACGUCAACAAGUUUAUCAACUGCGUGUACAACCUUGGUCGCAUUUGCGGCACCAACGGCAAGACGGUCAAGAUGCCCGCACCUGCAGCACAGUCUGCGGCGCGAUCGGCCAACGUCCGCUCCAUCUUUGGCGAGCAGGAGCUCACUGGUCCGUUCGACUCGAACGAGCCCGUUCUGUGGUACCACAAGGAUCCGCUGGACAAGUCCAGCGCGGCCAUCCUCGUCAAGGCCAACGGCACAGCAGGCUGCUUCAUCAUCUACCCCGAGCGCAACAACACAAAGCAGUUCAACCUCACCAUGCUGCUCCCGUCGGGUCUGCAUCGCCAGUUCCGCAUCCAAACCUUUGGCACCCAGUUCUCACUCGGUGGCACCCGAUUUGCCUCGCUCAACAAGCUUGUCGACCACCACACCAAGUGGCCUCUUGCCGAUGGCCAAACCCUCAACCCGACCGUGCAGGUCAUUGCACAGGCGGCCAUGUCUGCCGAGGACCGCCGCAAGUCGGUCAUUUCGCUCGCCGAGGACGACGACGACAUUAAGCGCCAAAUCCAGUCGGCGCACGAGGUGGAGAGCAGCGCCAACAAGCUCAAGUCGCUUCUCGAGCAAAAGACAAACCCAACCCCGGCCGACCUCAAGCAGCUCGAGACGCUCGACACGACCAUCCGCUCAGCGCAGGCCAAGAUUGUGCUGCUGCAACGUGCACUGGGCACCGAGACCAGCUCGGACACUUACCAGGACGCCAAGCUGCUGAAGGAGGCUAUUGCCGUGCUCGACGCCCAGCAAGAGACGAUUGGCGACGAUGAGGACGAGUCGGGCAUUCCGCACAACUUCCGCGUGCGCACCUUCCUUUCGCCCAAGUUUUGCGACCACUGUGCCGGCUUCAUCUACGGUCUCGCUCGCCAGGGCCUCAAGUGCCGCACAUGCGGUUUUGUGACCCACAAGCGCUGCCGUGAGCAUGUUUCGCACAACUGCAUCAACCGCCCCGACGCAGCCGUUCCGCAGUCGCCCAGCGCCGUGGACGACAGCAGCGACACGGAAUCGCUCGCCGAGGAAGCCGAGCCCGAGGACAUUACUUCGCAACGCUCGAUCGGCAAGGCCAUGGACGCGCUCAUCCGCGACUUUUGGAAGAGCAACACGCAAGGCGCGGCUGCUUUGCCUGUCGCCAAGUUUAUGCGGCUGCUGGAGAUUGCCUUCCCUCGCGUCGACCUCCCCGAGCUGCAACGCCGCUUCAAGAGCCUGACCGACGACGAGCUGGGUUCGCUCGGCGUUGACCAGUUUAUGACCUUCUACAAGGUCUUGUUCAUCAACACUCACUCGCAGGGUCUGUUUGAGGCGUAUGCCACGUUCAACGGCGAGACCUUGUCGGCGCAAGAGUUCCGAACCUUUUUGACGGUCGAGCAAAAGCUCUCUGCCACUGAAAUUGACGCCAUUCUCGCCCUGCUCAACUCUGUUCCGCUGACCCAGGCGGUCACGGAUGCCACUCUGCUUGAGGCGGCACCCGUGUCGACGGGCGACGAUGUUGAAACGUCAGCCCUGCUCGAGCCCACGUCCGUCCUGCACCACCUCAAGAACAGCGCGUCUUGGCACGCCGGCCAUCGCGUUUUUGGCCCUGUGCUGGGUGUCACGUCGGAGCGUCGUCUCACGAUUGGCGGUUUCCUGAAUUACCUCGUUUCAGACGUCAACUCGAGCUGGCUUCGGGCGCACACCACCGUGUACCAGGACAUGACGCAGCCCCUCUCCGCGUACUUUAUCAACUCGUCGCACAACACGUAUCUCGAAGGCGAUCAACUGCGCAGCAACUCUACCGCGGAGGCGUAUGCAAAGGCCCUGCAGGCCGGCUGCCGCUGCCUUGAGCUGGAUCUUUGGGAAGGUGCCAAGGACGAGCCCGUCAUCUACCACGGCUACACGCUCACGACCAAAGUUGCAGCACGCGACGUUGUUGAGGCGAUUGCCAAGAACGCCUUUGUCGCGUCGGACUACCCCUUGCUGCUCUCGCUUGAAAAUCACCUCGGUGUCCGCCAACAGCGCGUUUUUGCCCAGUACUGCAUCGACCUGUUUGGCGACAAGCUGGUCACGGCCAAGGACGGCUGGUGGGAAACCAACCCGAGUCUGCUCCCUUCACCCCAGGAGCUCCGCGGCAAGAUUAUCAUCAAGAACAAGGCGCAUUCGUCGCGCAACCAAGCCCCGCUGGACCCGACCGAAGAAGACGAAGCUGGUGAGACUGGCAGCCAGCUCGACGGGCCCGCCGACGGCGCUGGCGCUGGCGCUGCUGGCAGCAACAACCGCGCGUCAAUGAUUUCCGACUCGCCAUCCCCGUUGAGCACGCCCGGCUCGACCUCGUCCAUGUCUCUGUCGCGUGCGGACGCCGCCAGCUUGGCGGGCCACGGCGGCAAGCAGAAAAAGCAGCUCAAAAUUGCGCAGGAAAUGUCGGAUGUGGUCGUGUACACCAAGUCCGUCCCAUUCCAAUCCUUCGAGCACAGCAAGAAGACGUACAAGUGCUACGAAAUGUCGUCCUUCCCCGAAAAGAAGGCGCGCAAGGUUGCCAGCCGCCAGACAGCUGCCAAGCUCACCUACCACACCAACCGCUUCCUCAUGCGUGUGUAUCCCGACGGCAUGCGUUUCGACUCGUCGAACUAUCUACCUCAGGAGUUCUGGAACUAUGGUGUGCAAAUGUCUGCCAUCAACUUCCAAACACCCGAUCGUGCCAUGCAACUAAACGAGGGCAAGUUCCUUCAGAACGGCAACGCUGGCUAUAUUUUGAAGCCAAAGUAUAUGCGCGAGUUUGCCGAUCCCGAGGUCAAGGCCCCAGCCGCUGAUUCGGGUGUGCACAAGACAACCUUGACCAUCGAGCUGCUGAGCGGACACCAGCUCCCUCGCACGCGUCGCCAACGACGCCGUUUGCUUGACCCUUAUGUUGAAGUUGAAAUUGUCGGACAGCUCGGUGACGACCGCAAAUUCUCAUCGUCGACCGUUUUCAAGAACGGCUACAACCCAGUGUGGGAUGAGGCGUUCGAAUUUGAGGUCAUGUCGCCCGAACUUGCGCUUGUGCGCUUUGUUGUCAUGGACGAAUCUGUUGGCCCCAAGGAAAUUGUUGGCCAGUACACGAUUCCUCUCGAGUCCCUCCGCCAAGGGUUCCAUCACCUUCCUCUCAAGCGACCGCAGCCAUUCGCCAAGUUUGACUUGUUGCACCACUCUUCCUUGUUUGUCAAGGUUACAAUUCAAAACUAAAACAAAACAACGAGAUGAUGCUGCUGACGACGCGUGCAAAAGCAAUCUACUGCCGCUGUCAACUCUUUGUCUCAUACUGUAUGCUGUUUUGUUCUGUUGCCUUGUUCCUUUCUUGAUAUUGUCGUUUUUGGUUUUUCUUUUUUUUUUUCUUUUCGUUUUUGCACAAAAGAGCCCCUUCAAUUACAUCACUACAAACAUUUUGGAAUUUCUG